AUGUCCGGCCUCUACGCCCACGCCCGCGAGAUCGCCCACAUCCAGCGCACGCGCCCCAACGACCCCGCCGCCGCCUCGUCGACCGGCCACUACACCAUCCACGCCAAGGACUUUGCUCCGACGGCCAUCGCUCACCCCAAGUUUGAGGGCACCUGGCUCACCUCGCACACCGCGCGCAUCACCGAGCCGACUCUUGUCGCUUACCGCCCCGCCCCAUGCACCCUCCCGCACCACAAGCGCUGCCACCGCGCCACGGGCAAGCCCAGGCACUCGGCACUGCGCGUCAAGUGCGACCGCUGCGACAUUGACGAGGACAACUUCCUCUUCGGCUACGACGAGUUCACCGUCGUCCCCAUCUCGCCGCUCCCCACGCCCCCGCCCUCGCCGGCCCGUAAGCCCCUCCCCGCGCUCCCCAGCCCCACCGCCGGUGUCCACAAGGCCCUCCCACCCCCACCCCCGCUCUCGUUCCGCUCCCGCCAGGCCUACGACAUGGUGCAGCGCGAGAACGACCUCAAGUGCCGCCUCUACCAGCUCAACGAGUUCGGCUACUGA